AUUCUUCGGCGUCCUCCGGCUUUGCCGUUGCUAACAAUGCAAUGCUGUUGUCGCUCCUGCGCACUGGAGAAAAGGAGACCCAGAGAGCUGGGCAACUGCAAGGAGGAGGAAAGGGGGAGAGGAGAAAGAAAAAAGAAAGCUCAAGAUAGACGGACGGACGGACAAACACAGAGAGGGAGGGAAAAGGGAGGACCUCUUCCUCCUCCUCCUGCCGCCGUCGCCUCUUGUUAACACCGGCUCAGCCGGCGGAGGGCAUUUCGGGUCGGCCUGCCAGCAGCGCAUGCUUUUAUCAGUUGCUUUUCCUCUGGAGGAGGAGAAGCCGAAGGCGAGAAAGAAAGCGGGACGCGCUGCCCCUGAGUUGCUCUUGCUCGGCGUCUCCUCGAGAGCUGGAAUGCAUGCUGCUUUCUCUGCAAGUUAUUAAGCAGCAAGAGGUUGAGAAGGGCAAAGCUGAAGGAUGCCGUCUGAGGUGUGCCUCAGUGUCCAAGAUACACUGACUGGUCAGAGACUUUGUCAGUCCAGCUCUCAUAAUGAUGCUGUCUUGGCUGCUCUGAAUCAACAAAGAAGUGAUGGGAUACUCUGUGAUAUAACACUCAUCGCGGGAGAACAGAAAUUCCAUGCCCACAAGGCAGUCCUAGCAGCAUGCAGUGACUACUUCAGAGCAAUGUUCAGUCUUUGUAUGGUUGAGAGUGGUGCAGAUGAGGUGCAUUUACAUGGCAUCACAAGCAUAGGUUUAAAGCAAGCUCUGGACUUCGCAUAUACUGGACAGGUUCUUUUGGAGCCAGGAGUGAUCCAGGAUGUGCUUGCUGCAGGGAGUCAUCUGCAGCUGCUGGAGAUGCUUAGCUUAUGUUCUCACUAUCUUAUCCAGGAAUUAAAUAGCUUUAAUUAUUUGGACCUCUAUAAGCUUGCUGACCUCUUUAACCUCACUCUACUGGAGAAAGCAGUGGUCGACUUUUUAGUGAAACACCUGUCUGAGCUUCAGAAUAGCCGCCCAGAAGAAGUCCUGGCAUUACCAUACUGCCUCAUCCGAGAGGUCUUGAAGAGUGACCGACUCACAUCACUCAGUGAAGAACAAAUCUGGCAGCUAGCUGUAAGGUGGUUAGAACAUAACUGCCGGUAUCAAUACAUGGAUGAACUUCUGCAGUAUGUUCGGUUUGGGCUUAUGGAUGUGGAUACAUUGCAUGCAGUAGCCCUCUCUCACCCUCUUGUUCAAGCUAGUGAAACUGCAACAGCACUCAUCAAUGAGGCCUUGGCAUAUCACCAAAGCAUCUAUGCACAACCCGUCUGGCAAACCAGAAGGACAAAGCCUCGCUUCCAGUCAGACACUCUUUACAUCAUUGGUGGGAAAAAACGGGAGAUCUGCAGAGUUAAAGAGCUCCGAUACUUCAAUCCUGUGGACCAGGAGAAUGUUCACAUUGCAGGGAUUGCAAAUUGGAGUGAACUGGCUCCCAUGCCAGUAGGAAGAAGCCACCACUGUGUUGCUGUAAUGGGAGAUUUCCUCUUUGUCGCAGGAGGCGAGGUUGAGCAUGCAACUGGGCGCACUUGUGCAGUUCGGACUGCGUGUAGAUAUGACCCUCGUCAUAAUUCUUGGGCUGAAAUAGCUCCUAUGAGGAAUUGCCGUGAACAUUUUGUGCUCGGAGCUGUGGAUGGAUACCUCUAUGCUGUAGGAGGCAGAAAUGAGCUCCGUCAGGUCUUGCCUACAGUUGAGCGGUACUGCCCCAAGAAGAACAAAUGGACUUUUGCCCAGUCGUUUGACAGAUCUCUCUCCUGUCAUGCCGGAUAUGUUGUGGAUGGUCUUCUUUGGAUAUCAGGAGGAGUAACAAAUACAGCACAGUAUCAGAACAGGCUAAUGGUGUAUGAUCCUACCCAGAAUAAAUGGCUCAGUCGCAGCCCCAUGUUGCAGAGGAGAGUCUACCAUUCCAUGGCUGCUGUGCAAAGAAAGCUGUAUGUUUUAGGUGGGAAUGAUCUGGAUUAUAACAAUGACAGAAUUCUUGUGCGCCACAUAGACUCCUACAAUAUAGACACAGACCAGUGGACACGUUGCAACUUCAGUAUGUUGACAGGCCAAAAUGAAUCGGGAGUUGCUGUUCACAAUGGCAGAAUAUAUUUAGUUGGUGGCUACUCAAUUUGGACAAAUGAACCAUCAGCAUGUAUCCAGGUACUGGAUGCUAGCAGGGAAGGAAAAGAAGAGGUUUUCUAUGGGCCUACUUUGCCUUUUGCUUCUAAUGGAAUAGCAGCAUGCUUUCUGCCAGCCCCCUACUCCACGUGCCCAAACUUGCAGCCUUUGCAAGUGCCUCACCACAAGAUAGGCGCUGUGUGAGGAAGGGGCAGGAGUGACCAGCUUCAUUAUUCAUUCAGACUUCACAUGUGAAUCAACCAAAAUGAAUCGUCAUUGAAAAUCUUCUUUGUGCUGUGCAGAAGCCAAAAAGUGGAAAAGCAUAAACAAAUGGGGGCAGAAUUACUCUAACCCAGUUCCCUACUUUCAAGUGGGAUGAUGGAGCAUCUUCACCUGUUUUUCCAUAUAAGUAUUCUAGGAACAUUUUAUGCAGUUUGUCUGACCUUUUGUUCACAAGGAUCUGCUUUAUCUAUCGAUUUCCAGAAGUGCAUUGCAAAGAAGUGAUACGUCAAUAAGGACAAUAUAAUCCUAUAUAUGCAAUUGAAAACCUUUGCUGAAUAUCCUGAACCAAGUUUUAUUUCCACAGGUUGUUGCUUUUAGCAUUAUACGUGGUGGAGGGAACAAACAAAACCUUUAGUUGGACAUGCAUAAAGAAAAUAAAGGGAUUCUACCUUUGAUGUAAAA